GGAAUAGUUGGAAAAAAUGGACCGUCGCCGCGUGUAUGACUUCAUCGAUGAAAGCACUGCCUGCAAAGCAGCAGCUGAAGCACCACCGAUCAUUCGUGGUGGAAUUUUGGUGGAUGUUGUCUCGACUACGACCAGCUGUGAAGCAGGAUCGGCUGAUCUUUGUGGUCGUGCUACUCCAUCUGCUUCAGCUCCGGUUCUAGGAGUGUCUCCGGAGGAUCGAGCGAGAGCUUUGCAGGCUAGCGUGGAAUGGUUGCGGAAGGUAGGACAGACAUGGAGCUUCCCGAACAGGCAGGAGAAUGCUCCCACUGCUUCUUGUUCUUCAUCUGAAGGCGGACAAGCACAAGAAAAUCCUGAGGGGCAGUACGACGGAGACGGACGAGACAACAGCAAGAGCCAAGCUAAAAACCCCGAAGACUGCGAAGACAACCGUCAUCAAGUACAAGAUGAGCCUGUUCGUAUCUACGCAUCUCUGAGGCCACCGUGGCCUGAUUCCGAGCUACCACGUGCAGGCCGUGUAAACCCCGACAAUGGUUUCAAACCAGAAUUUGAGUGCUUGUCAGUGUCACGUGCAUCUUUUUCGUCAGAAUCUACGAAUACGAAUUCUAAUGUUGCCACUGGACUACGAGCAAGACCGAGAACAACUACUCCUACAACACUAAGAUUACAUUCAGAAUCUACAGGUCUCGGAGGUCGCAGCUUGGUCACUCCAGAACAUGUCGGUAAUCCUGCUCUGUGUGCAAAAUCAGGAUUGCGCACAGUGGAAGAGGCAGAAUUUUCACAAGCUUUUCUGGGAGAUGAACAUAAUGACUUGGUUUAAGGCUACCACUAGUCUAAAACAUCGUCAGUACAACGAACUAUUCUAUCCCUGGCGCUUUUUCUGCUUCUUGAUAGAGAAGCCAAGGAUGCUCUCAGGUAUGCAAGCGCGGCGCCUCUAAUUGGUUAGAAAAGUUUUGCAGGAUGUAAAGCUGACACAACACGCAGUCGUCAUCCUUCACGGACAAACAGGGAGUGGGAAAACGUAUACAGCGACAAGGCUACAGCGUGCUUUUGUUGAGGGUGUGGCGUGGUCUAAAGCUCGCGUUGCUUUGAGCUACAUCCAACUCGGGCAUAAG